AGCAACACAACCGAUUGGUUGGCAGGAUUAGGGGGAAUCCCCAACUGGGUUUUCCACCUGUACGAUUGUUGUAUCUUCAAAGUCAACAUUUCCUUGGUUAGUUUGUCCAGUGAGGCUCCAGGCACUGAGAUGGCGGAGGCAUCCGAGACACCUACGGUGAGAGGGCACACUGUUGCUGUCGGUGACCACAACAAUAUCACCGUGGUGCAGAACAACAUCCCUCAACUGCCUCAGAGCCUCCCCCCUGGUACCCGUGUCCACGUCAGCUACGACAUUGUCGUCGGCGCGGAAUCUGGAGCAGCAUCGUCCGCAGCAGAGGAACAAGAACAGUCCACUCCACACCAACAAGGAACAGGACACCAGAGAUCCAGUGCAGAUCAACAAGCAGGACCUACUAGACCAGUAGGCCAAGGUCACCGGAACCAGACAGACAGAAAACGAUUGACCAGACAGGCAUCAGUGCCCAACACGGUUCAAGGUGAUCCAGAUAUAGGCCAAGAGCAGCCAAGCUUUGUCCAGCCAGCCAAUACCGAUGGUCUGCCAUAUACGCUGUACCCUACAGGUGAUCCUGGACCCGGACCCGCCGCCAUGACCCCGGCAAGACAGCCUGCUUGCAGGACAGUCAGCACCCCCAUCCAGGAGACCCAUUCCCACGGACCCAACCCACCCGUCACCCGAGCCAACACAUUUCCCAAGCUAGACACAGACGUGAAGACUGCAUACAACCGAGCAGAUAGUAUGGGCAGCCAACCUUACUCUCUGUCCCCACAAGACUGUCCACACCAAGGCAACACCCACGAACCCGUUCCCUGCCGUCCUCUGCCGAAACCAACCACGUCUCCGGCAACGUUGACGUCAAUAAACACUAGAACUGCCCAUGACGCUGCAACCCCCGAGCUGACUGACAUCCUUGUGAUGAUCGUGCAGGACGUCCAGGUUGCUCUGGUCCUGGACAUGGUGAACAAGAACAUAAAGAGUGUGUCCCUUGCGGACAGCGCUGUGCGGACUCUGAACCUCAAAGGGACACCGAUAUCACUCGCUGCUUUGGAUCAACAGAAAGUCAUUGUAAGCUUCCUGGACAUGAAGACUCUCAGUAUCAUCGAUGUCAGCACGAUGGUGGAGGUGAGGACUCUCCAGACUCCCAGGCUGUAUUGUGGGGUCGCUGUGCUCGACAACGGGAGGAUCGCUGCAUGUUGCCAGGAUAACCAGUCUGUUGAGAUCAUCAGCGUUCAAGGACAAGUGUUCGACACGUUCAGGCUUAGGUCAACUCAGCACCCGAGUGCGAUAGCUGCAUCAUCUACAAUAACAGUCUCCGACUGGCGGAGCAACACAUUAGUUUGUCUGUCUCCACAGGGACAGGAACAGUCCAGUGUACGUCUGUGUGACAAGGGGAACUCGACACUGAGAGGUGUUGCUCAUCAUGGAAGUAGUACAUUCGUAGCAGACGAAGGUGGAAACAGAGUCCUGAGGUUGGAUUCCUGCGAUAUUUCUGUGAGUGUUGUGUUGAACAGUGGGGACACAGUAACCAGGCCGUGUGGGUUGUGCGUGAACAACAAUGUGCUGUACAUCGCACAGGGAGAUGGGGUCAUUAAGUAUUGGGAAAUUCCUUAUGUUGCGGCUUUCAAUACUCGAAUGUAACACUCGAAUGUAACACUCAAUGGUUUCACGCCGCUUUUAGCAAUUAUACAGCAAUAUCACGGCAGGGGACACCAGAAAUGGGCUUCACACAUUGUACCGAUGUCGGGAAUCGAACCCGGGUCUUCGGCGUGACGAGCGAACGCUUUAACCACUAGGCUACCCGACCGCCCCGUUACACUUAAAACCUUGUAUACCCGAUACCCCACCAUCCAGAUGAUGACGGUCAGGAAGAACCUAUAUGUUUCAUAACCUUAGACGAGCCCGCUAUUUUGACCCGGGGAAUGCGGACUUCACGGCUUCAACACCAGCGUGUGAAAGAAAAUAAAUGGGACAGUUGUGGCACGGGGUCAGUGGUUCCUGUAGGAUUUGCUUAAUUAAACGACCCGUGAAGACCCGGGGUGGAAUAUAUUGGUCUUCAGCAACCAAUGCUUGUCGUAAAAGGCGACUAUGCUUGUCAUAAGAGGCGACUACCGGGAUCGGGUGGUCAGGCUCACUGACUUGGU